GACUGUGGCUGUAGCUUCCUUCCUUCUCAGUCACGUGGGGCUUGGCUCUCAUCCCCGGAGUCUGGGGUCAUGAGGCUCACUUGCCUGAUCUCUCAGGAGCCAGGACCGAACACCACAAUGAGCUCUAGGCUCCCAAUACUGAGAGCCCUCCUCUUCCUCCUGGGUGUUGGAGGAGCUCAAGUGCUGGCAACGGACAAGUCUGCUGGGACAGAGGUUGAUAUCAAGUACGCCGUCAUUGGCAUGGCCUUGGGAGUAGCCAUAUCUGCAGGUUUCCUUGCCCUGAAGAUCUGCAUAAUCCGGAGACAUUUGUCUGAUAAUGACUCUGCAGACCUGAAGAACACGCCGCAGGACACCAUCUUGCAGAAGAAGAGAAGCCCCAGAGAUGCCCAGGCGAUUGAGCUGUGAGCGGCCAGCUACACUGGCAGAGGCUUUAAGUGUUUUGGGUUUGAACACCCAAGGCUGAUGAUGAUGGAUCGUUACAUCGCCUUAGCACAGCAGCAGGUACUAAAAGGACUACAAUUAGCAGCACCUCAGUCCUGAGGGAAGAUGCCACGUCUGUUCUGUAAGAGUAUCUGCACAGGGGAAGUCCAUGACUCAGCAGCAGGGAAAGAAGAAACCCCAAAGCCAUAUUUCCCAGCCUACAUGCCCAUGUAAGAGCUGUGCAAGCUUCUACAAUAGCAUUGUGUCCCUAUCAGUGGAACCCCAACAUAGCUCAUGAAAACAGGAACAAAGGCAAGACAGCUUCCUCAGCACCGCAGGCUUUAACCACCUAGACUCAGGCAGUCUUAGCUGCCAGGAAAUUCACAUUUUAAAAAUGAACCAUGCAAGCAUCCAGGGGAUUGUGGAGCUGAUGAGCCAAUGGAAGACAGACAUGGUAAGGGAGGAGAGGACAGUCCAGGCCAGGGUGAGAGGAAGGGCAUCGACAGCCAGGCCUGGGAAGGGCCUUGGAGCUGCAGCUCUUCACACGAAGGGGGCGGGAGUCAAGAGCAAGCUGGAACGGUGCCCCACAGAAAGCUACAAGAAUGCAGGCUGGCAUUGUUACCCUCAUAUAAUGGUUUUGUGGUGACUGUUGCAGUAUACACAGUGCUUGCAUGAAAGGCCUUGGGAAACCCAUCCAUGUCUUGCUACUCUUGUCAUAAAUACAAGAUUCGGGACAUAGGCUCUGUCAACAUUUCUGUCUUGGAAGACCUUGCCUUUCCAUUCUUCCAGAAGACAGGUGGCGGUGUGGGCUGGGUCUGCUCAGACGUGGUUAUCUUCAGCACAUUCUGAUGAAAGAGCAGCUUUUUUUUUUUUUUUCAAAACAAAGUGCUGCAUUAUAAUAACGUCUGGAAUCCCAGGGUGUCUUUUGUCUGACUUGAUAAUAGUGCUACUCAUUAGCAGCUUUUGCUAACUGAUCACCUAAAGCAGUUACAUGAUACUCAUAAGCAAUCUUCUGUGUGUGAGAUAGAAUAAAUCAUCGUGUACUGGA